AUGUCUUCGCUCUAUCACCUAAGCACCGAUGUGAAGACUCGAAUCAAUAGGUUUCGGACUCAAACUGCGAGAUCUGACUCUCUGAAAGCGUUGGCCUUAAAGAUUGAACCUAAACCUUCGUAUGAAAUCACUAUCGACGAAGAUGAAGGCGUCGAACAAGCUGAUAGUUUAGAAGCUCUGGGUGAGGAGCUUCCGGACAAUACUCCACGCUACGUGCUUCUAUGCUAUCCUAUGACUACAUCUGACGGGCGGAACCAGACCCCUUUGGUGCUUGUCUACUGGAAGCCGGCCACAGUGGUGUCCCAGGAAUGGAAGAUGCUUUACGCAGGAGCGCUCGAGCUGAUGAGAAACCAGUGUGGUGUGAGCAAAGUAAUUGAGAUUGCCACGGGCUUGGAAGACGAGGAAGACAUCGAUGAGGUAAAGGAACAGAUAGAGUCGUGA